AAGAAAAAAAUACAAAAAGAAAGAAAAAGGCAAAAGAGAGAGGAAAACUUCAGGGAGUGCCAGACUCCUGAUUUCCACCGAGUAGGUGCAAGAGAGACAAUCUCGAUAGCUUUCAUCAAUGGCGGGCGUAUCUCUGAAGUGCGGGGACUGCGGGGCUCUCCUGAAGUCCGUGGAGGAAGCCCAAGAGCAUGCCGAGCUUACCUUCCACUCCAACUUCUCUGAGUCAACCGAAGCUGUUCUCAACCUCGUCUGUUCUUCUUGCGGCAAACCAUGCCGAUCCAAAACCGAAAGUGAUUUGCAUACCAAAAGAACGGGGCAUACUGAGUUUGUUGAUAAGACUGCGGAUACAGUAAAGCCGAUAAGUUUGGAGGUUCCAAAGGUGACAGCUUCAGAGUCCGAAGACGCUGUUGGUGCAAGUAGCCAGGCAGAAGAAAUGGUUGUUCCAGAGGUUGACAAAAAGCUGCUUGAGGAACUCGAAGGAAUGGGAUUCUCAACAGCGCGGGCAACCCGUGCACUUCACUAUUCUGGUAAUGCUAGCCUGGAGGCUGCAGUCAAUUGGGUGGUUGAACAUGAGAAUGAUCCAGACAUAGAUCAAAUGCCUUCAGUACCAGUCAACACCAAAGUUGAGGCUCCAAAACCUUCUCUCACGCCAGAGCAAUUGAAAGCCAAGCAACAAGAGCUUAG